AUGCAACACUCGUGCUUCCGCACAACAACAGAAGGUCAGCUGAUUGAAACGGGCACGCGGAAGCUGUGGAGUCGCUCGCAGAGCAGAUCUCCAAAGCAGCGGGGCCACAUCCUCCAACUCGUAACUUGUUUGCCGUUUCUCUGCGCGGGCUGCGCCGUGGAUUUAAUCUUAAACUGCGUAAACUGAGAGCUGUCACCGCGUUGGAGGAAGUUAUGGCACAUAACGAGUCGCCGGUCGCUCUGAAUGGGACUCAAAUUUCCUACAUCGGACAUGACGGCACCGACAUCCCAGAGUUCCUUGGAGACACAUAUGGCCAGUUUGCAAGAAGGCUGGAUCUCAGCUUUAACCUGCUCAGGUCACUGGCGGGUCUCGAAACGUUCACCGUGCUGGAGGAGCUGAUCGUCGACAACAAUCUGCUCGGAAAUGACCUCCGGUUGCCCAGGUUACCGAGCCUCCACACCCUAACCCUCAAUAAGAACAAACUGACUGAUAUCGAGGACCUGCUGGAGCACUUGGCCGACGUGACCCCGUCGCUGGUGUACCUAAGCCUGCUGGGAAACGAGGCCUGCCCCAACCAGCUGGUCAGCCCGGAUAAGGACGAGGACGACUACCAGAGAUACAGGUACUUUGUCCUGCACAAGUUGCCCCAGCUGAAGUUUCUGGACACCAGGAAGGUGACUCAGAAAGAAAUGAUGGAGGCGCAGGCGAGAGGAGCAUUCAUGAAAGUGGUCAAACCAAAGUCGGAAGCGCCACCUAAGGAGACUGGAUCUGAAAGUCAACCACUGCCCUACACUCCUCUGCCCCGAGGAUCCAGAGAUGCCAAGAACCGCAAAGGGGUAUUUGCCAAGUGUCGCUACAUCUACUAUGGCAAGCACUCGGAAGGCAACAGAUUCAUCCGAAACGACCAACUCUGAUGGACAGCUGGUCAGGAAAAAAAAUAAGAGGGACAUGAGUGACAAGGAGCGCUUCCAGAGUGAAAGAGGAUCAAAUCAAUCUUGGGAUGCAGCCACUCGAUCUCCCGCUGGAAAAAUUAUUUGUAACUUCAUCAAAAGAAUCUGCUAUGUAAGGGAAAUGUUAGUUUUCCAUAGUUCCGGCCUCUUCUGCUGUGGUUGGUCCGCCUCUGCCUCCCAACUUCCAGCUCCGAGUCAGAGAUGACACUCGCACUGACGCGAUUGCCUCCGAGCAUCGGCAACUGUACAGGGCCAGACACACACACCACACACACACACACACACACAGACACACACGCAAGGUCUCUCUCUUCUCUGUUCCCUUACACACAGUCAGUGACAAACACAGCCUUCCAAUUGCACCAGUUUCUUUGACAGCCAUGAUGGAUCACCCGUCACGUACCGCCACUAAUCAAGGGUGAAAGGGGUGAUGGUCACACGCACACACACACGCACACACACACACACCUGGGGUCUGACAUGACAUGCACUCUCUCUCUCUCUCUUUCUUGUCUUUCUCACACGAGCACACAAAAAAAUACAACAUAUACCUGCUGAUUAAAACACUGAGACAAUGCCAGGUUUGACAGAAAAACGUAAAAAGAUUGCCUGAAGCGAGCUCAGUGUAUCUUGUUUAGUUUUUGUCAGACAACAAAAUGCGUUUUCUUCUUGUGUUUGAAUGAAUUUUGUCUUUGUGUCUCUAAAGAAAUCGUCUGAUGUGUUUUUCAUAUCUGAGUACAAGUGAGUUUGUGUUUAUCAAAUGCAGCUUUUAGUGUAAAAAAAAAAAAAAACUAUUUUUUAUAAAGAUCAGUAUGCCAGUAUUCAGGUAUAUCAUUAUGUGGCCAUUUUCAUGUUGUUUUGCCUUUUCCCACAUUGUGUCUUUGACCAGUUUAAAUAAUAUUAUUUUAUUUUCUUUCAUUACAGUAUUUUAAUACAUUGCAAACAAAGAAUAAUACCUAGUCUUUAAAAAGUUGUUUUGAAUGGAAUAUUGUCUCUCUCUUGAAGGUUUUUUUAUGUUCAUAUUUUAUAUUUGUCUCCUCACUAUAGUGUUACAGUGCAAGGUGAGUGUGUAUGUAAAAUGUGUUUAUUAUGACUUGGUUAACCUUACAAAUCAAACGUUUUCACAAAAAUGUCAUUUUUCUGACAGGAAUCUUUCUUUCAUGACUAAAAUGGUUUGUCUAACAUUUGACAUUCCACCUUUCCAUCAUUUACUGUGUGUGCAAAUGUCCAUCCCAUUCAUAUUUUAUCCUGUCUAGAACCUACUGAGCCAUUGUGAGAUGAUUGCAACCUCAAAAGUGGUUCUAAAGAUUUUCCCUGACUUCACAUCUCGGCUAAAGUUAUGAAGCCUAAAAAAUAAAAUGUCGUGCUCCUUUUUAAAGGUGAAGUAGCUGGAGAUCAUCAGAUGUUUGCUGUACGUGUAGUUUGGAUUUGAAACGUUGCGCUUCAGUCCUACACGUCAAUCAUCCACAGGCCAAUAAAAAAAAGGUCACAGAUAGCCUCGUGCAGUGUUUGUUCACUGUGUCUGUUUAUUUCUUGUUUCUAUUUCGCGUGGACGUGAAAGUCCUGCGUGUUUCGCUCUCCCGAGCUCGUACCCCCUUCCUAGGGGACCGUGUGACCAUAUUCCAGCCGGCGCGCCGCUCAGGAGCCUGGUCACUAGU